UUUCAAGGUAUGAUCCCGAACACACUGCUCUCCAUUUCAAGGUUGACAUAUUCACUUUUGAGCAGUCCUGCGCGAAGCUCUUAAGUAGUUGGAUCCAUGUGUUUGAUUAAAUGGAAAGUUCGAGUUUUUCCGUUAAUAUUGAAAAGAAUGACGACGAUAUGAAAAGACGACAUAUCAAGUAAAAGACGAAGACGGCAGACUCGUUGGGUAGUGGAGUCCCGACCAGUUCGAGCCAAUCGCUAGGCCUGAUUGGAAAUUUGACAUUGCGGAAUACUCGAUUUUCGGUCAACAUUGACGUUUAUUUCAUCAAGCAAGAGCAACACCCGACGCACCAAAUACCUAUCCUAGAGAACCUGUCGGAAAUUAGAAUUUUUAGACGGACCGUAUCCUAAAUGGAAUGAGCUAGCGGACCCAUUUCUUUCACCGAACAUAGUCAUAGUUAUUUUGAGCAAACUACUUCUGACACUUUUUUCUAAUUGUUCAACUCGACAAUGACUUUAGCAUUAUCAAGCAAAACCUAUGCCAUCUCCUCUUCUUGUCUAAAAAAUAUUCACGUUCAACAUAUCAACAAUUAUUCGCAUUCGUAACAACAAAAACAAUGCAUGGGCGCGGGCUUGUGUCUGUGCUCGCGCAGACGGCCGAGAUGCGUGUGCGACUGAUACACCUGGAAAAAGCGCUUCUACAAACUCGGUAGAGUCAGACGCCAGCUGCAGUAGCGCGAUCCUCGGCUCAGUGUCAGGCUAUAGUCCAUUUAUGUUGAAUGAAGCAGGGUGGUGCAUUUGAUUAUUUAAUCAACACGAGCGUGGGAGUGGAUUCAACAUAAGCAUUUUAACCAAGCCUAAUUCAUGGAAGGACAUCGAUCAUAUCGUCUCAUCGUGCAGGGGCCGCCAAGAAAGGAAAGCUUGGUGCUGAUGAUAGAUUAGUUUUUCGUAGUGUCAAGUCGAUAUCUAUGAUAUGGCACACACUGCUUCUGGCCACCCUUUGGCAGAGGAUCAAAGGGAGCGUGUCAAGAAAUUGUUCGUAGUACUUUUCAUGAUUCUUAUUGUGGACGCUGUUGGCGCUUGUUCUAAAUAUUUCAAGUUGAAGGAAGAGAUGAAAACGGCGAAGGUCAUUACUGGGGACCUGGUUUGGCAACGUGCUGCGGCGCUCUUAGCAGAGUGUGAGUGCAUUCUCAUUACUGCAGGCGCUAGUAUGGGCAAGGACUGUGGACUUUCGACUUUUGCAGAAUGUGAUAUUUAAAUGCGGCCCUGGUAGUGGUACGCCAACCUUUCUCAAAUUGAGUUAUGCUCACCUGGAGCGACAGAUCCAAAAUACUACGACGCGUUUAACCAGUGGUGGUGGGAAAGUGCCGAUCUUUACAAAAGCGCAGAGCCUCAUCUUAAGGCCUUUCUCACGUCAUUCCGCCCCGCUGCUCAGGCUCAUCAGCUGUCUUUGAAGUUGGGGACACCAACAAGUAGUGUGACGCAGUUACGUUACUGGUACUACACACAUCCAAUUGUGACGUGAGGACGAUAGUGGAGGACUGGUAUCACAGUUGUAGAUCUUAUCAUCCGGACUACCGCUCGCAUCUAAGUACUUCACUUUCAAGAUUAUCGUGUUUGGCUUAUAUGCUUCCUUGAGGAUGAGGUCGUGUCUCGUCACUUCCAUUGUGCAGAGAUUCAUCUCUCUCUUAUUCAUACCUUUGCAUUGUCGAAAACGAAGAAAGCUGAAAGCAAUUGAAACUGUGCAGUUAUGAUUUAAAUUAUCUCAUUGGAAGAUAAAAAGCCACUUUUUCGAGGAUUGAGCAAUGAGCAGCCCUGGAAUCGUUAUCAUCCUCAUUAUUUUCAGCGUCGUGAUUGCAUUGUUUCACUAUUUUCGAUAUGCG